AUGGUCAUCGUCAAUAUCAUGGACACCAUCAUGUCCGAUGCCCAAAGGCACGGUCGAGUUAGCUUUUACAUGGCAUCACACGGAGAGGAAGGACUGAUGGUUGGAUCGGCCGCUGCCUUGGGACCGGGCGAUGUCAUCACCUGCCAGUAUCGUGAGCACGGCGUCUUUCUCCAGCGAGGAUUCGAGCUCAAGGACUUCAUGAGCCAACUAGCUGCCAACGCGAAUGAUCCAGGAAAAGGUAGGAAUAUGCCAAACCACUAUACAGGUAGAAAUAAAGUCGGCGCUCAUUCCGUCGCGUCCACUCUUGGAACCCAGAUUCCUCACGCUGUCGGAGCUGGGUAUGCGAUGAAGAUGAAAGACCGGGUAGACCCGAGUAGGCCCCCUCGCGUGGCAGUCGCCUACUUUGGCGAAGGCGCUGCCAGCGAGGGCGAUUUCCAUGGUGCUCUCAAUAUGGCAGCCAUGAUGAAAAGCCCAGUCAUCUUCAUCUGUCGCAACAAUGGCUACGCAAUCUCGACUCCGGCAUCAGAACAAUACAAAGGUGAUGGGAUCGCGAGUCGAGGAGCCGGAUACGGGAUAGAGAGUCUCCGAGUUGACGGCAGUGACGUAUUUGCCGUCUACGAAGCAACUAAAGCAGCCAGGCAAAAGGCCCUUGAGAAUGGAGGCCGCCCAAUUCUUCUUGAGCUAAUGAGCUAUCGAAUGUCCCAUCACAGCACUAGUGAUGAUAGCUCCGCAUACCGCAGUGCGGAUGAGGUUGCAAUAUGGAAGGGGUCAUCUCAGCGAGACUCGAUUCUGCGUCUACGAGAGUGGUUGGAGCACGAGGGACUCUGGAAUACUGAGCAGGAUAAAGAGUUCAGAAGGCAAACUCGCCGGGAUGUCGUUUCGGCAUUGGCUGCAGCCGAGAAAGAGAAGAAGCCACAUCUUCGCUCCAUAUUCACUGACGUUUACGCAGAACUUACUGAGGAGGCAAGUGCGCAGCGGGACGAACUGAAGAGAAUUAUGACGAAGUACCCUGCUGAGUAUGACAUCGAUGACCAUGUAGAUGGAAUAUUUGGCUUGUAG